GUAGAUGCUGUGUGUCGGUUUGGUGGAAUGCAACGCAAAGUACAUGGAUCCAUCGACGGCAGUGAACGGUAGCAAUCAAAGUAAUAGUCUGAUAUAGGUGGCUGUAAGGUGCGUGCGUGCGUGCACCGUGCGGGGCCCCCCUACCCAGAGUCAGUCGCAUAGUGACGCAAACCUAGUUUUAGCUGGCUAACCGCGAGCGUCCGAGUUUGAUUGAGUGGAGGAGAAAGAGAAGAGAAGAGUGCAUCGCGAUGAUGAUGAUGAUUAUGUUCUUAUCGUUCGAACAUUAGUUAAUAAUCAUCAGCCACUUCGAUCGUGCCAACCAACCCCAAUUAGUUUUGCAGCCGCAUCAUCCCUCCUCGAGCUUCGCGUGCUCUUCUCUCGAUCCUCUUUACACCCUUUUCCACAUAGUACGUGCAUACAUAUAACACAGAAGUAUAUAGUGGUGGUAGUAGUCGUCGUCGAUGUGUGUGUGCGGGGAAUGAAAUCGAAGCGCCGCCACCGCCAGGACGGCACUAUCCUCGAUGGGACACCCCAUUAAUGAUGCGACACAAAAACGGUGACUGGAUAUUAUUACUGCUGUGAGAAGAUGAGCAGCAGACCGAGUUCGGGGGGCGGGGCGAAGGGUCAUCGACGAUCAGAGUCGGGAGGCGGACCCAGACCAGGCUCCGCCCAGAGCUACGAAUCUGGCGAUGGAGGAGCAGCAGCAGCGGCUGCGGUGUUGGCGGGGCCUCGUCGUCCCGGUCAUCAUCGGUCCAAGUCGGGAGUGCACGAGCGUGAACGUACCGACAGCGGUAGCUCCCAAAUUUCGAAUCGGAUGGAAUUCCGCUCGUCGCAGGUGCUGAACGAAUCGCAGUCGUCGUGUGCAAGGCCGACGUCUCUUUAUCCGUUGAGGAAUAGCGACGGGACGAUCCUGCAGGGUCCUGCUGAACCUCUUCAGCCGGAACGUGAGCCGAUCAACUUCGACGUGAACUUGAUCGGAGCGCCGCCGGAAGUGGAGCAGCUCGUGAACAACAUUAAGCAAGUCGCCGAGCAGUUCUUGUACCAUUGGAGAACCUUUCCUAUCAUACUGCCCAGUCCGGUCGCACAAAGCGAUUCGUUUCCUACGUCCAACGUCACCUCCGACGGCUCUCUGGGUCGGAACAAAUGCAAGCAUCACCUGCGCGAUCUCUUCGUCACGCCUUCAUUCGAUGAGCUCGACGCCGUCGCCGUGGACAGUAAAGGCGAGACACGCAAGCUUACAGGAAAGCAGCUGGAAUACAUACGGGAAAGAGGCUUGCACAAGGAUAAAUAUGGGAAGCCGAAAAGGCUGAACUUUCAACAGCUAGACUCCAUCCGACGCAAGGGUGAAUUCGACGUGGAGAGUUUGAAUUUUCCUGGGCAGCAGCACAAGUGGAAGCUUUCGCAGCUGCUUCAGAAGGGGACGGAGAGGAGUCGGGAUUCGCUUUUGAACGAUUUAGCGUUGGCUCUGAGAUUUCUGUUCGUUACAUCGCGCAACCGAUUGGUUUCGCACUUCUUCAGCGUCUCGCAAGCUUUCCGUGGACUUUUGACCGGAUUCCUGAGGAUUCUGGACAUUCUGGUGGGAAUUCCCAGUUUGCAGGCGAACAAUCUCGAUACGAAGAUCCGCGAGGAGCGCAGCAAAUACUUGGUUGCGGAGCUGGUCUGCAGGCCGGAGCACGAGGAGUCGCUGGAGCUUCUGUGUUCGUACGUGCGGAAGCAGCUGAGGAGGGCGGCCACCGAGAAGUUUGAGGUGACGAGGGAGUGCUCGCAACCGCCUGUCUCCGUGCCGUACAGAUAUUUAACGACGGCCGGUGCAGAGCUCGAUCUGAGGCUAUGGGAUCGCACGCUGAUGAGGCGCGCUCUGCCACAUGUGAUCACCAUCCUCGAGCGAGAGACUCGGGGCUGGUUUCUGCACUUCCGCGAACGACUCAUCGCCGAGUUGCGCGCGGAGAAGAUGCCCGACGAGGAUAUCGAGAGAGAAGUCAACGAGGCCGUGAUGAAGGAGUAUCUGCAGAGAGUCUACAACAGCAUUUUAUCUCACCCGGAUAUCCAGCUGCUCGGCGAGGGCAUCGCCCAGUUGCUGGUGCAGCAGGCGCAGAGCGUGGUCCUAAUGCAUAAAGCCGUGGAGAGUGUGCAGAGGAGGUUGUCCAAAUCGCAGGAGAUGGUCAAAAGUCGCCUGUGCAGCGCGCACCCGGUUCUGUCGAGGAUCGCUCCAUGGUUACGUUCCAGAUUGAACACGGCCGAGCUCAAGUUCAGCAUUGGAAAUCAGUGGAGCGCGCACGAGGAGGCGCUCACGCUCUGCCACGGGCAGAAACUCAAUCAGACUAUUUACUUCCUCAACAGAGACUUGGCUUUUAUGAAAGAGAGGGAACCGGCGCUGCUGCGAGAGCUGCGGAAGGUGAAAAAACCGACGCGAAACUUCUUGUGGCCAACGCAGAUUUGGUUGCCCACGAAUUGGAUCGUCCGUCGUAACUUCCAAGGGCAAUCCGAAGUGGUUCCCACCGUCCUCAGCAAACAGGCCACCAGCAUCACCACACCACGCUCCGAUCCAAGUCAACCUGUAUUUUUGGUGGAGAAGGAGAUGGUUAGGACGACGACGACGCGGUGGCCUCUGUGGCGGAUCUUCAAUUACUUCCAUCGCACGUGGUGCUGGACAUGGAACGCGAUGUUCUUCUUCGGCAUCCUCAUUCCCUGGUGUACGCCGAUCGGAGUGCGCGCCCUCUUCUGCAUGGAACCCUUCAUGCCCGAUCUGGAGUUGUCGCAAGUCAACGGCACUCUGUUUCCGCGCAAGAGCAGCCUCACCUCAACCCUCUGCUCACGGCUCAUAAGUCUAUGGCGGCAUAUAUCCAAGUCGCGCACCCAUUUCGAAACGAAACCGGAUACCGGCUUCAUAGGCAAAGGUCUCACGCGGCACACGAAUCGCGUGUGGAAUUACUUCUUUAAAGGACUCUUCGGCACCUUAGGUUUGGUGCUGGUCUUCCCAAUCGUAGCCAUCCUCGUCACACUCAACUGCCUCUUCAUCGCGAUGACCGCAAUGCUCUGGAUGCCCGUCCUCACGCUCGGCGUGCAGAUCUUCAACGGACUCAUCUAUGAUCUGGACAGUCCGGAGCUGCGACGAAAUCGCUUCUUCGUUUUAUUCGAGGCAGUCAUAUGGAAUAUCGGUCUUCAGGGCUGCGUCCAGCCGAUUCUUGCUUUGCUCGUGGCUUUCAUCGUGUGCCCCAUCAUAUCGCUCAUCAUCUUAACAGGUGGAAUCACUCGUUAUUGGUUGCGUUUGCUGUGGGACACUGCAAUAUUCCAUGCGAUCAUCAAGAAGCGCGGCAGAAUUCCGGCGAGCGAUAGCUUCGUGGUGAAAAGGAUCGCCGGGCCCGGUCUUGCCUCCGACUACUACUUCCAAAUUACUCCCGAACAGGCGUUGGCCGCCUUCGAGGCGAAGAUGGAAUGGGACGAGUUGGCCGCCUACCAGAGCAUCAUGGAGGCGACGAUCCUGCAGCCGCAGCGCGAUUUUGCGCAAUUCGUGGAGGCGUGCUUCGGCAGUUUCUCCACGCAACUGGCCAAACCAGCUGGUCCGUACAAAGUGCUCGAAAAGGAGGCGCAGGAUCUGAUCGCUGUUCUGCACGAGAAGCUGGAACGAAGGAGACGAGACCUGCAGACCGGCCUCAACAUAAGCGUGAAGAGUAAGAUUAAAUUGGCCACGAACGAACUGAAAAUAGCCAUACAGCAGGGCGCGUUGAUGCUCGAGCGAUUCUAUCCGAAGCACAUUCUACCGAAGUUGGGAUGCAGCGAGGAGCAGUUCUGGGAUAGCAGGGCUUUAACGGUGGGCGACUGGGCUGGUCUGAGCAGUCUCCUCUACACCGAGUUGUUCAGUUUGGAUAUACUGACGCCUCUGGAUCAUACCGACACCAGUUUCAAGCUGGAUCCGCAUCCGGGCGCGGACAUCGGCAGAUACUCGGAGAUGGUGCAGAGGGCGCAGAUGGGUUCUGGCGGUCCAGAUCUCCUUGGCAACGUUUACACGCCCAGGGGUAACAUCCAAGUGCACUCUCCGUACCUGGAGGUGUCCGCCUUCAAUCCUCGCUCGAAAUUAACGGCGACUGGGAAGAAGAAUGCAGAGAAGAGGAACGAAGCGAGUAGCGCCUCCAACUCUUUGGCCACCGGAUCGAGGACAAACACAACGCUUUGGACGCCUUGGAAGAAAAAGCUGAAGCCGUACUCGCCCGAUAAAAUGGUGAUUCCGUUGGCCGUACCGCAUCCCGCUCACAUCGCCGUGACCAUCUACAAUCGGGACACGGAAAAUCCCAUCCCGCUGGAAGCUGAGAUGUGCCAGAGCAUCUUGCGGGGUAUAGAAGAGAGCCACGUGUCGCCUGACGAUAGUGGAAUCGUGCGGUUUCGGAACGGCGUCGUCGACUCUUUCGAAACAGCCAGCUCAAGUUCUGAAUCACCGGACACGCCCAACACGAUGGUGGCGACGAGCGAGGAGGUGGCAGCAGCAGCAGCAACGCAGGCUCCGCCCGCUUCCGAGGGCGUCUACCAUUGGACGCUCAGCAAUUGGGGCCAGAGGAAGAGAAACAAUUCGGGGACGGUUCGAGUGGAUUUGGCAAGUCCCGAAGACGUAACUUUGGACAGCGAUAGCACGCGCGUCGUCUUCAGCACGUACGGCACCACAGUUUGAUCUUAAGCUCUAGCAGCAGACGAACAAAGAGAAAAGA